AUGGUCUCCAACUGCAACGCAUUCUACUUUGUAAAACUGAAUGACCGAUGCGCAGACAUCGUCUCCCAAUAUGGCAUCUCCCUCACAGACUUCCAGACUUGGAAUCCCAAAGUUGGAAAUGACUGUACCGGGCUAUGGGCCAACACCUAUGCUUGCGUCUCUAUAAUCGGUCAUGUUCCCACGCCAACAAACCCCGGGAAUGGGAUACAAACGCCAGUGCCAACACAGCCGGGCAUGACUAGCAACUGUGACAAGUUCCAAUUGAUCAAAACCGGGGACACAUGCGUCGAUAUCGCCACUAGGAAUGGAAUUUCUGUGCAGGAUUUCCUGCAGUGGAAUCCGCAAGCUGGCAGUAGUUGCACUGGGCUCUGGGCGAAUGCCUACGCAUGCGUCGGCGUGGUUUCCUUUGUUUUGAAAUCCUACUAUCACCUUGAUUGCACGGGCAGCAUACAUAACAACGUCAACAUUGCGCAUGGCAGUGACGGUAUAUGCAUCAAUACAGAUUGUGCGGUCGGUUCUGUCGAUGUCGAUGCCGUGGGCCGGUGCCCCGGUGGACAAGUGCAGAUUAGUUACUGGGAGAAUGCAGGGUGCUCUGGCAAGUGGUUUGGCUAUGGAUAUAUGAGCAGAGCCCAGUGCCAUAGGCUAUGGUCUGAUGGCUAUAAGUUUAAGGCACUGCAUCUAAGAUGUGCGAGAGAACAGGACGAUUGUGUCAACAAGAAAACUUGUGCAUAUGACCCGGAGCCGGCUAGCAGAUCUUGCUGA